AUGAAAACCUGUAAAUCCAGUCACCUGGACUCAGUUGUGGAGGCAGACUCGCAGUGCAGAAGCGGAGCAGGCUGCGUUGUGAAGUGCAGUUCAGAAAGGAUGGAGAACGCUGCCAAGAGGAGGCUGGCUGCCAAUGCCCGCGAGAGGAGGCGCAUGCAGGGACUGAACACGGCCUUCGAUCGCUUGAGAAAGGUGGUUCCGCAGUGGGGGCAGGAUAAGAAACUGUCCAAGUAUGAGACCCUGCAGAUGGCUCUGAGCUACAUCAUGGCUCUGACCAGGAUCCUUGCCGAGGCUGAGAGGUUCAGUACUGAGCGAGAGUGGCUUAGCCUGCACUGUGAGCACUUUCAUGGCGACAGCUACCACCACUACCCGGCACAGAAACCCGCGGCGGACGGCGAUCCUUACGCACAGAGGGUGUUCAGCUACCACCCCGAGCACUUCCAGAUAGCUAAUUAGAACUUGUUGCCAGCUAAGAGUAUGCAGCAGGCCAGAUGUGUAAUUUAAUAAUUAGCAAGAGUUAAUCUGCUUGACUAAGGUAAUAUUGGCAUUAUAAUAGCUCAUUCUUGUUUGCAUCUUAUAGUCAUUUGACAAAAUAAAUUUGCUCUGAGGACAUAAAGUCAAAAGGCAUUUAAAAUGAAUGAAUUUAUUUAAUGCUGGUGGAAAUGAUACUUUUAAUUUGAAAUAUUUCUGACAAUUGUUUCCUAGUUUAUCUAGUGUAUUUAAUGCUUUAAUUAAAGAAGUUUUUGGGGUUUUUUUACUGUGAUGAAUCAUGACAGUAUUUCUACAGAUCAUGGGACAAGUUGACCCAUGGUGUAACUGAAUGGAAUAGCACCAGAAAUGAACCUCAUUCCAUGUUUUUCUUUUUAUGUCAGCUUUAAAAGUUGUUCUUUAGUGUCUUUUCGCAUAAAUGGUUCACAUGGAAAAAGUUUUAUAAUGUACUGGAGUUCUAGUCCUCAGAGAACUAACUUUCUUAAACUUUGUAAGUUUGACAUAUGGGUUCCAAAGUUGUGUAGGUUUGCUUUAAUCCAAUAUAUGGUGUCUCUUGUAUGCUCGAAAAAGAGCUGUUUUCAAGUCAUGGAAGGAAUGUUUUAUUUUCAAUGAUUGUAAAAACACGUGUGAUUGUAUACCAUAAAUGAGAAUGCUUGUGUGAAAAUAAUCUAAGCUUCUAGAUUUUUGUAGG